GAUCUGAACGAUUACCACACGGUCGAUGCGGUAGAAAGCGGCUCGUUCAUUCUUUCAGCCAAGCAUGGAUCUCAGAGCGGAGAUGCAGCCCGCCGUCUCCUCGUCGGCGUCGGCCGCUCAGGUGCACGCGGGAGCGGUGGCCGCGGUCGCCUCCAUCCCGGUGUCCAUGGCGGGCAACCUGCUGCGCGGGCCGCCGCUGCUGCUGCGCGCCGCCGACAAGUACCCGCGCACGCCCAAGUGCGCGCGGUGCCGCAACCACGGCGUGGUGUCGGCACUCAAGGGCCACAAGCGCUAUUGCCGCUGGAAGGAUUGCAUGUGCGCCAAGUGCACGCUGAUUGCCGAGAGGCAGCGCGUCAUGGCGGCGCAGGUGGCGCUGCGCAGGCAGCAGGCGCAGGAGGAGAACGAAGCCCGGGAACUGCAGCUGCUCUACGGCACCGCCGAGGGGCUCGCCCUGGCCGCCGCCAACGGCAUCAUCCCGCCCAGGCCCGGCUACGAGGUCUUCGCUUCUGUAAGCAGCGAGACCAGCAACUCCGAUUCGAGCGUGCAGAAGUUCGACUUGUUCCCAAAGGGCCAAGCGUCGAGCCCCUCCACCCCGCAGCAGGCCGGCGGCAAGCAGACGCCCGCGGAGAGCGACUCCGCUCCGGGUCUUUCGUCCCCGGACGGCCGGCACGGUGGAGGCGGAGCUUCCGGUUCCGAGAACGGAGACAGCGAGUCGUUCGUCCUCUCGCCGGUGGCGAAGCCUUCGAAAGACGGCGGCGAGACUCCCUGUAGGUCCGUCAGCUCCCUGGGCUCUGAUUCCGGUUCCGAGACCGACAAGGAUGAGCGGGAGCCGUCGCCGUCACCGUCGCCGUCCUCCGCGGCCUCCAGGCACACGCACGCCCUCGACAUCCUCACCCGGGUGUUUCCCAGCCACAAGCGCAGCGUGCUGGAGCUGGUCCUGCAGGGCUGCGGCAAGGACGUGGUGCAGGCCAUCGAGCAGAUCCUCAACAACCCGGCCCAGGGCGCCCAGCGCAAGUCCGGCUCCGAGGAGACUUGGAGCGGCGACAGGAUGGUGCAAAGCUCGCAGCCGCCUCCUUCCACCUCGUCGUCUUCCUCGGCUCCAGCCCCGGCUCGACCCAUGCUGCCCGGCGCCAUGACGCUCAGCAACCGCUCGGCCUUCUCGCCCCUGCAGCCCAACGCGCCCCACUUCGGAGCCGAGCCGGGCGCCUACCCGCUGGGAACGCACCUGGGACUCAACCCGCUGCGGCUGGCCUACUCCGCGCACAGCCGCGGUCUGGCUUUCAUGACGCCCUACUCCACCACCGGCCUUAUGCCCACCCUGGGCUUCAGACCCCCGAUGGACUAUGCCUUUAACGACCUCAUCCGGGACAGGACCAUGUUGCACAAGGAGCAGGGCUACGCCGGAGGCCUGUACGGGCCUCUGGUCAACAACACGCCAGACAAACAGUGACCGCGGGCGGGCGGGCGGACGGACGGAACGCACGCGCGCCAAAGUCGUUUGAGCGUUUAUUCCAGGGGUUCUCAUGUUCUUUUACACAAAGCACUAAACUGUCAAAGAAAACACAUAUUUUCCUUAUUUUUGGGGGUAACACAUAAGUGGAUACAACUUUAGAUAUCGAUUACUGAUAUUUAUGGCAAUGACGUUAGUAUCUCACAAAGCAAGCAAGCCAAAUGGAUUUGCUGAGUUUUUGCGGAUUCGCUCACAAUACAAGGAAGAAUUCCUUUUGUAAUUUCUUUGUUGAAAAUGCAGGAAAGACAAUUUUCACUUGAACAAAAUUUUGUUACACUGACCAAUUAAAAAUGUUAUCAAAGUUGGUUGCCCUGAAAAUGUCAGUUCCACCAACUUUUAUUUGAUUGAAAAACAAAAACAAAAACGUCAAGAAUGGAUCCAGUCAGUUGUGUUGCACAGAAAAGUUAGACACAAAUCGGACGUGCACGGAGAAAAAUGUUGCAUUCGAAGGCGGCCAAUUCAACUAAAUGCUUGUGCUGUUGUGAAAAUUGUCUUUCCUGUGUUUCCCAACAAAGAACCGCAAGUUAAAGUAAAAAAAAAUAGCUUUGGUGCACUAACAUUCUUGUAGUAAAUGUUUGUAAUUUAUAUUUGAAAGUUUUACAAUUUAAAUGAGUAUUUUAGGACAACGUGUACUAUUUUUUUACAGUGCAAAGAAUGUUUAAAAACAGAUUAAAUGCAAACAUAAUGUACUUCAAAGUUAAAUACAACUGAACUGUACUUGUCAAAUGCAGUUGACUUUAUUAUUUUUUUUAAAUCCGCGGUCACAUUAUCCACAAUUUAUCCCUAUCAUUCAGUGAUGAUCCAAAUACCAGUAGAGAGAGCCCUUACACCACAUCACUAAUUUCUUCCCUGGGAUCCAGUUCACAGUCCAUUUAGUCGAUUUGUUCACCUCACUUGUAAGCCAUUUAAGUGCACUUGUUGAACGACAGUGUUUUCCGCGUCACUUUUCUCCCCGCUACUACCUGUACCUUCUACGACUGUAUGACAUUUCUGCACAACUACUUGUGAGCUAAAACGGCACACUAGUGGAAAUCUGUGCACUGCGAGUUCUACUCGUGAAGAGCUAGGUGUGAACUAGUAGAAUGUUAUGUAGUAGCAUGCUGUUGUCAGUUAGUUUGACUUCAGUAGUAUUUCUACUUGUAUGACAAUUUCCCUUCUACAAUUGUUUCUUUUUUUGGAGGGGAGGGGGUGGGAAUAGACGUUAUUCAAUCGCAUUUAUUCAAGUAUUUGCAUGAAAUAAAAUCAUCUGGCUCCAGAUAAAUUUUUAUGUGAUGUAUCUGGACAUCAUCUGAUUGUAUUUUGUGCUUGACAAAAUAAAACGGAGUAAAUUCAACCCCCCCCCCCCCCCUUGUACGUGAGGACAACGAACAUACUGAGGCUGCAUGUCAAAACAUCGAACGAGAUGGCUCCUCGAUAAGGAUGAAACGAUCGUCAAAUAUCACAAAGCGCCGUCGUUUAAUUACGGAGCCGUUAUUGCUUAUUAGUCGGUUAAAAGUGGAACUUUUGGUGAGCAACAAAAAAAAAUCAAGCUACUACAUCUCAGUCUUAGCGAAUAAACGCUCAAACGUCUUCCUAUCCACACACACACACACACACACACACGCACGCACACACGGACACUCACACACACACACACACACACGCACACACUCCAUUGUAUUUGUGGCCAAAAGAGUUUGAAUGUUGUCGUGUUUUGGCUGUGUGUGACUGUAUAUACACCAAUACGCUUUGUCGUCAAAAGAUGGAAAAAAACAUUGACUUUAUAUUGGAUUGCAAAGGGGAUUUGGGCAUGAAAAAGAGGGGCAACGGCCACAUUGAUUUGAUUUUUUUUCUCCAAUUUUCAGGACAAUUCUGGAAGAACAUCACAUGAAAAGAAAAACGGCAAAUCUUUUUUUAAUCAUGUAUUGAAUCGUUUUUAACAGCGGUUUGUGAAUUAACGAACCGUUUUACAAAUUAAAUUGAGGUUUUCAGAGCAACAUUAAAUUAUUCCAACUGACGCAUAUUAACCUUUUUAAGAUGUUCCUGUUGUAAAGGUUGAACUAAUUGAUGUCAUGUAAAAAAACAAUAGUAAAAUUAAAAAGGCGAAAUCCCGUCUUAUAUGUAAUUAUUAUUGUUUCACGUUCGUUUUUUGUAUCGCCAUUCUUUUCAACUGCCUGUGUCAUAUAUUGCAUUUAGAAUGAGGAUACGCGAUGCUACACUUGACUUUUCAUUUAAUCGUUUGUGACUAAAGUGCUAAAUCAAGUAUGUUGCUCUUCAAAUGUGCUGUCAUGCUGUGUGACUAUACUGGCAAGAAUAAAUGUUAUUUUAAAGAAAUGUUAAACGCCA